ACUCCCCGGACGUUAAUAGCGGUGGGACUCGUCUCCGGCUACAGAACAAGCAGUUGCCCUUACACUUGCAUGCAGUGGAUUUGACCUCAUCUUUGACUACGCGUAUUAUUUUGCAAUAAGGCUAUUAGGACUGCGCCAUGUCUCUUGCGGCAGAGGCCUUCGUGUCGCAGAUGGCAGCUGCUGAGCCUUGGCCUGAAUCUGCAACCUUGUAUCAGCCGCUGAAGGAGGAUCAGAUUCUGCUGUCAGACUGCGCCUCGUCCCUUGCUGUUCAGGCCUACCUCAGGAUGUGCGGUUUACCUGUGCAGGUGGUUUGCAAAGCAAAUGCUGAAUACAUGUCACCUUCUGGGAAGAUUCCUUUUAUCCACGUAGGGAACCAGGUGGUAUCGGAACUCGGGCCGAUAGUGCAGUUCACCAAAGCUAAGGGUAAUUCACUGAGCGACAGCUUAGAGGACGUCCAGAGAGCUGAAAUGAAGGCGUACAUGGAGCUGGUCAACAACAUGCUGCUGACUGCUGAGUUGUACAUCCAGUGGUGUGACGACGCCACGGCUGCCGAGAUCUCCCGCCCCAGAUACAGCAGUCCUUACUCCUGGCCUCUCAGUAACAUCCUCGCCUACCAGAAGCAGUGGGAGGUUCGCAGGAAGAUGAACGCCGUUGGCUGGGGAGGGAAAACACUUGAGCAGGUCUAUGAGGAUGUGAGUCAGUGCUGCCAGGCUCUCUCCCAGCGGCUGGGAACACAGCCGUACUUCUUUAACAAACAGCCCACAGAACUGGAUGCGCUGGUGUUCGGCCACCUCUUCACCAUCCUCACCACCAGACUGACCAGCACCGAGCUGGCAGAGCGGAUCAAGAGCUACAGCAACCUGCUGUCCUUCUGCCGGCGCAUCGAACAGACCUACUUUGAAGACAAGAGCUCUUGAAGGAAAUGAAACCUCUCACCUGUAGUAGUAUUCCUAUUGUUAUUGUUGCUGUUCUCAUCAUCCUGUACAUUCGGUCCCUCCUCCUCUCAUUCCCUCGCUGUGGCACCGAGGAGCUAAAAUCCGCUUCUUUUCACACGCUUGUUUCCUUUUGGUCUUUCUUGCUUUCCUUCUCCCUUUUUGAGGCGUUAUGUCGCUGCUGAGAUUAGACCAGAUGAGCCAGUUGUGCACAUUGCAUUUAGAUAACUUAAUCCUAAAAUCACAGGAAACCUCCUACACACACACACACACACACACACACACACACGUCAUCCAGCUGCUGCAGGAAGCCCCAAAGAGCCUUUAGGUUUCCAGCAUCAUGGCGUUAAGGCUCUUCUGGCGUCCCGGGGGAGGGAGGGGGGGGGUUGGUCAGCUGCAGGUGAUCUGACAGGGAUUCAGGCUCAAGGACACGUGAGCAGGUCGGAUGCUUCCCGACUUGAUUCACCUGCUCCUGUGGUCCCGCUCUCCUGUCAGGGUGCAGAAGCCUGCGUUCUCAGAGGUUGGAUAUUUACAGCUGUGUUGCUUUUCCCUUCUGUAAAGAAAGCUGUGAUCACAGUAAAGAGGAUGUGACUUGACCCUUGACCUUUUUGUUUUUCCACCGUUGAUUUUUCUUUGUGUGAUUUGAAAGUGCCUACAGAAUAUAAAAGUCAUCACAUUUAACAUGUUAUCUUUAAACAUGCGGACAGAUUAUCUAGAGGGUAAAUCUGAUAGGAGUGGACAAGUGGACAAAGUAGUAAAUAAAAACCACUCUUUAUUUUGUGUUUUCUGUGUAAAAGAAUGAAAUUAACCAAUGCAUAAAAGAUAUAUACAUAUA